AUGGCAUUCUUUGAAAGACCUUCUGUAAAUCCAGACUAUAAUAAUAACAGAACGAGAAUUAUUAUAACAGCGAGUAUUGAAUUGGUCUGCUAUAUCUUUUUACUGAUUGGGGGAUGGAUCAGAUAUCGAUUGAUAGGCUGGAAAGGAAUUUUCAAAGAAAAGAGGAGCAUGAUGUACGUAUUCAUAUUUUUAUCACUGAUUGAUGCCAUGCUCGUGCUUGUUCUGCCGUAUCAGUUUUACCGAUUCUCAAGACCAUUUCGGCCAAUCUAUAUUAUUAAUAAUCAUUACAGUUCUGGUACAAGAAGGGUUAUAUUAGAUAUUUUAAGAUCAGCUUCGGAAAUUAUUGAUGUUUUCAUGAUGACCAUUACUUUCAUCUUUGUCUUUUCCUUGCUUGGAUUUUACUUAUUUUUUAAUCCUCAACCGGGACAGUACGUUCAACUCGAUCAAGACUGUUUUCCAGAUGCUAUGCUUCCGGCUUACAAAACAAUAGGUCAUUCAGCGACGAUCUACUUCAUAAUUUUCUGUCUUAUUGGAAUAUACUUCUUGCAAAAUUUGGAUGGGGAAGGCACAAUAACUUUGGAUGAAUUUUAUGAAUUUCCAAGUGUAUGUGCUAUUACCUGGGACUCUGAUGAAACUCAUGAUCAAUUUUUUAUAUUCGACUACGACUCAUUACCUGAAUGUUUAAAGCCUGUUGCUAAAGGGAUGUACUGGUUUGUUACCUGGAUUUAUUUCCAAUGGAUUGUUAACUUGGUAAUUAUUGCAAAUACAAUAUGGUUGCUGGCUAAGGCCAUUACGGCAGAUCAAAUGGUAGCAACUCAAGGUGGAUUAAAAGCAAAGGAGUACCUAGAAGUAUUACAUCCUAUAGAUUAUAUAUUUGUUGGCUUCUACGUUAUCGAAAUAUUAACGCGAAUGAUUGGCAUCGGUUGGAAUAGAUUUGUAUCAUCUAUUUCGAAUCUGAUUGACAUGUUAAUAAUUAUUGCCGCCGUAGCUGGUGCUCUCCUUUCAACGGGUCGAGUUGGAAAUCCCCUAUCCUACUUGGCUUUUUUAAGAUUAUUCUUAAUCCUUCGCUUUAUUGACAUUCGUUUAAAAUUAACUAUCGCAAUGGAAACUAUUGGGAUGAUCCUACCGAGAAUGUUAAGCUUUGUUCUCGUUGUGACGUACAUGUACUACUUUUUUGCUAUCAUUGGGAUGGAGGCUUUCCCCUACAAAAAUUCGAAAUGUGGCUGCACUAUGGUUCAUCAUUAUAGCAAUAUUACUACUCAUCCACUUAAUAAUAGCAAGAUAAUUGCGCCCUAUGGGGAUUAUACUUAUGGUUGCAGCGACGAUCAAUUUUAUAAUAUCGCCGGUAACACGACUGUUUUAUUCAGGAAUGUUAAUAAUACUUUGGAAGUUUGCGCUAAGAAAACUACCGACCAAUGCGUUAAAGAUAAUGGUCUGGAUUGUGAUUGUUCGAUUAAAUCCUGCGGUGGCCAUUACAGUAGUAGUUAUGAUCGAACUAGUCCGGAUGGCCUAUAUUAUCUUAUGAAUUUCGAUAGCAUUCUAAACGCUUAUACUACGCUGUUUGCUUUGAUGGUUGUUAAUAACUGGCAGAUUAUUAUGUUUGGCACUAUAGAUGCUUCUGGAACCACGUGGAGUAUUGCCUAUUUUAUCUUUUUCUACUUCAUCGCUGUUGAAGUUAUUGUAAAGAGUGAAAGAAAAUCUAUCAUUGAGGCACAGAAUAGAAAAUGGUAUUCUAUUUUAUCAGCAGGAUAUAUAUAUGGUGAAGAUACGGAGGUCAGUUAUAACGGCCGUCGAUCACUUAAUACGUUGGACAUUUUUUUAAUUGUAUAUGAGGAGGAUUUAAAUGCUUGGCUAUCUGAGGAAGAUGGACUUAAACUAUCUCGCAGUAAUGAGCCAACGAUUCAGUUCAGACCGGGUAAAGAUCGAGAGGAUGACUAUUCUGGCAAUGAUAUCGAAUUGAUACAUACUUCUCCAGUUACAAAAGAUAGCGAUAAAUCUACGGAGAUUGAGUCUCUUAAAGCCGAAAUUAAACAACUACGGAUAGAAUUAGCAUCAAGUAAAAGACCGUCAUCAGAUCGAUCGAGAAGUCCAAAUUCUACAUUGCGUAGAAGUCAAAUUGAUAUCGUGAGUGCAAAUCCUGAUAACGCUAGUAGGAUGAGUGCAGAGUAUGGCCCACAUCCACCUCCUCGUCGAGCUAGCAAACAAGAUAGCAAAUUGCAGGAUUUAGUUUAA